AUGGCGCCGAGACAUACCACGAAUGACUACGGGACGGCGGCCAACCACUCGGCCCGAUGGCACCGACCAACCAUCUUCGCCAACCAUGUACUGCAUUGGAUCUCUUCGAUUAUAGUUUUGGCCAUUUCAGCAUAUUUCAUUCACAAGUUCUCGCACAACACACAUCUUAUUUACUGGGUAACUCUCGCUGCUAUUGACGUCUUACUGUAUCUCCCUGCGCUUGGUCUUCCAGCGCUCAGCGCCUAUAAGGGAUAUCUGGCACCUCUGGCCUGGAUAUUCUCUUAUCUGUGGCUUACUGCAUUCAUCUUUGCAGCACAAGAUUAUAAUUACGCAGGUGGCUAUCGUUCCCCGACCGGUGUCGGCAAGCACAACCUGAAAAAGACUCUCGAGGCAUUCGCUUUCCUCGCUUUCUUCACCACUCUUGUUGGUCAAUUCCUCGAGGGUCGGCUGUGGGACCUACAGCGAUUCAAGAGAGGCGUUUCUCGUGAGAAGCAUGUCGGUGGCGGGAGCACUGCCGCUGCUGCCUCUGGUCAGCACGCAGCAGCUGUCAGCGUCUAG